AUGAAAAAAUUAAAACCGAUUUUGAUGGAAAAUGAGAAGGAAACAGAAUUGAUAGCGAACAGGUACAAAGUGGAAAAAACAUUGGGAUCAGGGAAUAGUGGGAUUGCCUUUCUAACCAGGGAUCGAAAAUCCAAGAGGGAUAACAUUGAAUUGAAAGUAGUUAAAAAGGUGUAUAUAGGAGCCUUGAAAUUGGAAGAAACGGUUACAGCGGCCAGCGAGGCAAACCUGCUACGCAGUCUCUACCAUCCUAACAUACUGAGAUAUUUUGAUAGCUUUGUUGACGGCCAGUUCUAUUGCAUUGUUACCGAAUUUUGUGACGAGGGCGAUUUGGAUUCAAAAAUCCAGCGAUACAAGAGGGAACGGAAUUCAUUCGAUGAGGGACUCAUCAUUCAGUGGGUCGUUGAGUUACUGCUGGCCCUGCAAUAUAUACACAACAGGAAUAUUCUUCAUCGAGAUCUCAAAACCAAAAACAUCUUCUUGAAGAACAACGGCCAGCUAAAAAUCGGGGAUUUUGGGAUUUCAAAGGUCCUAUCCGGAACGAUAGACAUGGCGGAGACCUUUGUGGGCACCCCUUACUACAUGAGUCCGGAGGUUCUGAAACACGAGGGCUACAACUCCAAGUCAGACAUCUGGUUAGGGACAGGGCCGGGUUAA